AUGCCUGAUCUUCAUUAUGGAAAACACCUCGUUGGAUCAACCUUUAAGAUCAUUGAGAAAUCCAAUCUAUUUUCCUGUGCGGCUGAAUGUGUUUCCUAUGGAAUAUGCAAAUCUUUCAAUUUGGAAUUAGACCGGAGGGUGUGUCAUCUGAAUGGUUUAGAUGACGUCCAAUAUUUGGAAGGAGGAGGAAACGAUCUGAAUUUCAUUUACAGUUCAAUUGAAAGUUGGAACAAGACAGCACUUGGUCCAUGUCAUGAGAACCCAUGCGGAUACACACAGAGAUGUAAUUUCAAGAGAAAUGGCAUCGUGCAUUGUGAGGACCAUUUACCUACUGUUGCGAAAGGUAAAACAACAAAUGCAAGUUCUGUUUGGGGGCACCAACCUAGUGUUGCAGUGGACGGGAGUAACUCAUCAGCGUGGUCAUCUGGCUCCUGUUUUGCUGUUGCUCAUGGUGAUUUCUCACCUUGGUGGCAGGUGGACCUGGGUCACUUGUAUCUCUUUGUGGAAGUUCGUGUCACCAGUAGAGGAGACUGUUGUCCUGAACGCCUUCACGACUUUGCUCUGGACGUGUACCAGGUCAACCCUCUUGUUGACCCCAAUGCUAGUCCACAACUGUGUUACAUGUACAACGGUGCCGUCACACAGCAUGGCAAGACAGUUGCCCUACAGUGUACUUCAACCGUGACUGGACGCUACCUGAGAAUUAGUGGAACGAAAACCAAUAACAAUCACGACAUUUUGCAGUUUUGCGAAGUCCAAGUCUUUGGCUUCAUACAUUGGUAAGUUUCCAGGUCGACACCAUUCGAACAUGAAGCUACGUUGAUGAAUAGGUAGUAUGGAUAUGUUGAGGUGUUUUACAAACUGAAUCACAACCGUGAUGGAAUUACUUCGGUUACUUCUUUCUAAAUUACAACAAGUGUAUAUUACUUGAUACCAGAUUGCACAAGAGAGAACUAAACAACAUGAUUCUUUUAUAUGCAAUGGAGAGGACCCAUAGCUUGAUGUUGAUUUUAAAUAUUACACU